UAUUUUCCACACAAAAUCAAAGAAGAACAAGAAAAAAAAAGAGGAAAACCUCUCCUUUUCUCUCCCUGUACAAAUCCUGACUUACUUUUGACUCUCUCUCUCUCUCUCUCUUCUUUGCAAAAUUAAAAAUUUCUGUAAACUCCCUCUCUUAAUUUCAUGUCCUUUUGUGUUCUUCCCUUUAAAAAAAAAUCAAUCCACUUCAAAUCUGUAUAUAAUAAUAUUUCUAGCUUUAUUUCUCCUCCCACUCCCACUCCUCCUUUACACCUCCAAAACAGCAAAAGAAAAUCCACUUGGUUUUAGAACCGAUCUUUGUCUAGCUCCUUUUGGAGGGUUUUAACCCAUGUUGAUCUCAUUGAGUCUCUCGGAAAAAUCCACUGAAUCCUCAUAAAUUCCUUGAUAAAAUUUGUGGGUUUUCAGAGAAAAAUAGUGGGUAUUUGUUAAAAUUUUAGGAAGCAAUUUAUUUUUUGCUUGAUCUGGAUUCCGGGUUGUUUUUUUCAUCUUUUUUCUUGAGAAAAAUCUGGUCUUUAUACAGCCAUGGCAGUCCCAACAAUAGCUUUAUACGCGAGCCCACCUAGUAGUGUGUGUUCAUCACCAUAUCCAUGUCAAAUCAACGCGCACGCAACUUAUGAUUUUGAAUUGAAUUCAAGAUCUUCAUCAACAACUUCGUCUAGUGCAUCUUCCUCUCAGAAACCAAUUGUUGGUGGCCUGUCUCGCUUGUUUUCAUCUCCUGCAGUGAAACAUGCAUCAUUUUCGGGUGAUAGAGAGGAGUUGGGGUCCCUAUGGCAUGAUAGAGGAGACGAAUUGAAGGAAUUGGGUAGUUCAUUUUGUUAUACACCAAGCAAAUACCUUGCUGGGUCUUCAAUAAAGAGGGAUCAAAGUCCGGUUUCGGUUUUGCAUGGUCAAGUCUCUUGUUCUAGCAGUCCUCCUAUGAAGACUACUAGAGAAAGGAGUGGUUGUGAUGUGGGUUUUCAGAGUUCAAUUCAUGGUCCAUAUCGCGGUGGGGCUAAUGGGCUCUUUAAUGGGUUUGUGAGGAAUGCAUUAGGGUCUUGUGUUGAUUAUGAUUCUCCCAGUUUUGAGGUCCGCCGUGAUGGUGUUGAUUAUGGUUCGUCUUCUGUUGCUGUGGAUGAAUUGACUUUUGCUAUGGAGGAUAGUUUUGUGGAGGCUAAUUAUGAGCCUUAUGCUAAGAAGUUGUUAUUGGGUGCACAAUCAAGGCACAAAAUUUUUUGUGACGAUUUUGUGAUCAAGGCCUUUUAUGAGGCUGAGAAAGCACACAGGGGACAGAUGCGAGCUAGUGGAGAUCCUUAUUUGGAGCAUUGUGUAGAGACUGCAGUUCUGCUUGCGAUAAUUGGUGCCAACUCCUCAGUGGUUGCUGCAGGGCUUUUACAUGACUCUUUGGAUGAUUCUUUCCUAAGCUAUGACUAUAUAUUUAAAACAUUUGGAGCAGGGGUGGCUGAUUUGGUGGAAGGGGUCUCUAAGCUUAGCCAACUGAGCAAGCUUGCUCGUGAGAACAAUACAGCAAGCAAAACUGUUGAGGCAGAUCGCUUGCACACCAUGUUCCUUGCCAUGGCAGAUGCCAGGGCUGUCCUGAUUAAAUUAGCAGAUCGACUGCAUAAUAUGAUAACGCUAGAUGCAUUGCCUUUGGUCAAGCAACAGAGAUUUGCUAAGGAGACUAUGCAAAUAUUUGCUCCCUUGGCCAACCGUUUAGGAAUCUCCACUUGGAAAGAGCAGCUAGAAACUCUUUGUUUUAAGCAUCUCAACCCAGAUCAGCACAGACAUUUGUCUGCUAGACUCGUGGAGUCUUUUGAUGAAGCGAUGAUUGCUUCUGCUAAAGAGAAAUUAGAUAAAGCUCUUACAGAUGAAGCCAUUUCUUAUAAUCUACAUGGAAGACAUAAAAGCUUGUAUAGCAUUCAUUGCAAAAUGUCAAAGAAAAAGCUGAACAUGGAUCAGAUCCAUGAUAUUCAUGGGCUACGCCUGAUUGUUGAAAAUAAGGAAGAUUGUUAUAGAGCAUUGAGAGUUGUUCAUUGUUUAUGGUCAGAAGUACCUGGACAGUUCAAGGACUACAUAACUAAUCCCAAGUUCAAUGGGUAUCGCUCUCUUCAUACAGUAGUCAUGGGUGAAGGCACAGUGCCACUUGAAGUUCAGAUUCGAACAAAGGAGAUGCAUUUGCAAGCAGAGUUUGGAUUUGCAGCCCAUUGGAGAUACAAGGAAGGUGAUUGCAAGCACUCCUCAUUUGUGCUGCAGGUGGUUGAGUGGGCAAGAUGGGUCAUAACCUGGCAGUGCGAGACAAUGAGCAAAGACCGCCCUUCCAUUGGCUGUGAUGAUUCAAUAAAACCUCCCUGCACAUUCCCUUCUCAUUCUGAUGGUUGCCCGUAUUCUUACAAGCCUCACUGUGGCCAAGAUGGACCUAUUUUCAUCAUUAUGAUUGAGAAUGAUAAGAUGUCAGUGCAAGAGUUUCCUGCAGACUCAACAGUGAUGGAUCUGCUGGAAAGGGCUGGCCGUGCAAGCUCAAGAUGGUCCGCAUACGGGUUCCCUGUGAAGGAAGAAUUGAGGCCAAGGCUGAACCAUCAGCCAGUGCAUGAUGCAACUUGCAAGCUAAAGAUGGGGGAUGUUGUGGAGCUAACUCCUGCUAUACCUGACAAAUCUUUGUCUGAUUACAGGGAAGAGAUUCAGCGCAUGUAUGAGCAUGGCUCAGCUACUGUCUCAAGCACAGCUCCUGCUGUUAGUGGCACGGUUGGACGGAGAAGUUGACCCCUUGAUGAUAGUCCGAUAAGUUGCUUACCAUUUAGUGAAAUUAGUUAUUCUUGUACAUACACAUGCUUGUACGGAACAGUUUUAUGGUUCUGGUAUGUAGAAACUAUGACUAACUGCAUUCAAAAGUUCAACAAAAGAUUGAUUUUUCAAGUUA